CGCUUCAUCUCCGUGGGCUACGUGGACGACACGCAGUUCGUGCGGUUCGACAGCGACGCCGAGAGUCCGAGAGAGGAGCCGCGGGCGCCGUGGGUGGAGCAGGAGGGGCCGGAGUAUUGGGACCGGAACACACGGAUCUACAAGGCCGAGACACAGGAUGCCCCAGUGGGCCUGCGGAACCUGCGCGGCUACUACAACCAGAGCGAGGCCGGGUCUCACACCUUCCAGAGGAUGUACGGCUGCGACCUGGGGCCCGACGGGCGCCUCCUCCGCGGGUAUAACCAGUACGCCUACGACGGCAAGGAUUACAUCGCCCUGAACGGGGACCUGCGCUCCUGGACCGCCGCGGACAUGGCGGCUCAGAACACCCAGCGCAAGUGGGAGGCGGCGGAUGCGGCGGAGCAGAUGAGAGCCUACCUGGAGGGCGAGUGCCUGGAGUGGCUCCGCAGAUACCUGGAGAACGGGAAGGAGACGCUGCAGCGCGCGGACCCCCCCAAGACACAUGUGACCCACCACCCCGUCUCUGACCAUGAGGCCACCCUGAGGUGCUGGGCCCUGGGCUUCUACCCUGCGGAGAUCACACUGACCUGGCAGCGGGAUGGGGAGGACCAAACUCAGGACACGGAGCUCGUGGAGACCAGGCCUGAAGGAGAUGGAACCUUCCAGAAGUGGGCGGCUGUGGUGGUGCCUUCUGGAGAGGAGCAGAGAUACACCUGUCAUGUGCAGCAUGAGGGUCUGCCCGAGCCCCUCACCCUGAGAUGGGAGCCAUCUUCCCAGUCCACCAUCCUCAUCGUAGGCAUCAUUGCUGGCCUGGUUCUCCUUGGAGCUGUGGUCACUGGAGCUGUGGUCGCUGCUGUGAUGUGGAGGAGGAAGAGCUCAGAAAAGGAGGGAGCUACUCUCAGGCUGCAAGCAGUGACAGUGCCCAGGGCUCUGAUGUGUCUCUCACGGCUUGUAAAGAGGUGCAGCUUCAUUGCCUCCCUGCGAGUGUGGCCUGGACUUAAUAACUCACUUCUAACUGAUAGAGUAAUGCUGACGUAAUAGUCUGUGACUCUGGGUAUAGAACAUAAAACUCAUUGCAGCUUCUACUUUGGUUCUCUCUUUCUCUGGGAUCAUGAGCUCUGGGGGAAGCCGGCUGCUGUGUCAUCAGCAGGCCUGUGGAAAGGUCCAUGUGACUAGGAGUGAGGCCUCCCUGGACCAGACAACAAGAAGCUGAAGCCUCUUCCAACAGCCAUGUGAGAGAUUCUUGUGUCUUGUGAAUUCCCCAGGCGCAUUUGAUCCCUCAGACAAUUUAGCCCUGGAUGACAACUGGACUGCAACUUUGUGAGAGGCCCUGAGUCAGAAGCAUUCAGAGAAACCUCUCCUGCAUUCUUGACCAUUGGAAGCUGUGGCAGAUGGCAAAUAUUUGUUGAUUUGAGCUGCUAAGUUUGAGGUGACUUGUCAUUGAACUUUUUCAUUUGCUCUAAAUUCAUUAUAAGAUACUAAACAUAUCAUUUGCUUUUAAUAUUUAAUAAAAAUUUACAUGGCUAUA